GAAGGCGCCGCGCGCAGCAACGCGCACUUCCUCUCCAGGAGUCCGCGGAGGGAGCGCAGGCUCGAAGAGCUCCUGGACGCAGAGGCCCUGCCCUUGUCAGACGGAGCAGACAUGUCCGAACAAAGUAAGGAUGUGUGCGACCCCAACUCUGCAGCCGAGGCCUCCAACUCCGAGGUGCACAGCAUUCUUGGGGUUCCCGGGGGGCUCUCCCUUCCCGCGUCUCAGGCCGCGACCCUCGCAGGGCCAGAGAGCCCUCCUUUAGGCCCGACCGACGCCCCUCUGGCCUCGCCUCCACCCCAGGCCCCAAGCGAAGAGGGAGACCCGAAGGCCCUGCAGCAGGCGGCGGAGGAAGGCCGCGCCCACCAGGCCCCGAGCGCGGCCCAGCCUGGCCCAGCGCCGCCAGCCCCGGCCCAGCUGGUGCAGAAGGCGCACGAGCUCAUGUGGUACGUGUUGGUCAAGGACCAGAAGAGAAUGAUCAUCUGGUUCCCAGACAUGGUGAAGGAUGUCAUCGGCAGUUACAAGAAAUGGUGCAGAAGCAUUCUCAGGCGCACCAGCCUCAUCCUCGCACGAGUGUUCGGGCUACACCUCAGGCUGACUAGCCUGCACACGAUGGAGUUUUCGCUCGUUAAAGCGCUUGAGCCAGAAGAGCUGGACAGGGUGGCGCUGAGCAACCGCAUGCCUAUGACAGGCCUCCUGCUGAUGAUCCUGAGCCUUAUCUAUGUGAAGGGUCGCGGCGCCAGAGAGAGUGCCGUCUGGAACGUGCUGCGCAUCCUGGGGCUGCGGCCCUGGAAGAAACACUCCACCUUUGGAGAUGUGAGAAAGCUCAUCACCGAGGAGUUCGUCCAACAGAAUUACCUGAAGUACCAACGCGUACCCCACGUUGAGCCACCUGAGUACGAGUUCUUCUGGGGUUCCCGUGCCAGCCGUGAAAUCACCAAGAUGCAAAUCAUGGAGUUCCUGGCCAGGGUCUUUAAGAAAGACCCCCAGGCCUGGCCCUCCCGAUACAGAGAAGCUCUGGAGGAGGCCAGAGCUCUGCGGGAGGCUGAUCCCACUGCCCACUGCCCCCGCAGCAGUGUCUCCGAGGACUAGCAAGGUCUGGAGGCAGAUAUUAAUGGUUUCUGACCCUCACCAGGGUGGUGGAGGGGUGGGGGUGGGACAUUAGAGUAUUCAGGAUUUACAGUGCAGUAUUUCACGUGUAACUUUAAGUUUUCAGUACAGUGCUUUUAUACCUUUUAAUGCAAUGUUGUAUUCAUUUCAGUACUAUUAGAUAGUGUGUAGGAUUUAUGCAUGUUUGUUUAUAAGUAAGCUCGGUUGGUGCUUUCGCUUUUGUGCUACCUUUCUUGAAUUUUUGUACCAGAGACGUGCUAAACUUAUGAAAUACAUUGAGAAAUUUUCCAUCUUA